AUGAGUGAUGCUGUUACACUGACUGUAUCAUCAGAUGAACCACAGACAGUUUUAAGUGUUUCUCCACAGCAGUGGUUGACUGAAGGAGAUUCAGUGACUCUGAUGUGUGAGGUAAUAAGUUCAUCUACAGGCUGGACAUUCAGCUGGUUCACUGUACAGAUGAAUAAAGAUGAUUAUGAGCUGGUGUCAAACAGCAGUGGAGGAUCUAAAGGCAUCUACACAGUGAGUUCAGUGACUGUGAAGCACACAGGAGUUUAUAUGUGCAGAGCAGAGAGAGGAGAUCCAGUCUAUCACACAGAGUACAGUAACACACAAACACUGUGGAUCACUGGUGUUUCUCCUUCAGUCUCUCUGAUCAUCAGACCCAACAGAUCUCAACACUUCUCAUCUGAAUCUCUCUCUCUGAGCUGUGAGGAUCACAGUAACUCUACUGGAUGGACAGUGAGAAGAUACACACACAAACUGAAACCUUGUUCAUCAUCAGACUGGAGAUCUACAGGAACAACAUCUACAUGUACAAUCAGAUCUCUCAACACAUCUGAUACUGGAGUGUACUGGUGUCAGUCUGAAUCUGGAGAGAAACUUCAUCCUGUUAAUAUCUCAGUACACAAUGUUGAUGUGAUUCUGGUCAGUCCUGUUCAUCCUGUGACUGAAGGAGAUAAUCUGACUCUACGCUGUUUAUAUCGAGAUAAAAAACCCUUUAACCUGAAAGCUGAAUUUUAUAAAGAUGGAUCAGUGGUGCAGAAUCAGACUUCAGGAGACAUGAUGAUCAUCCCUACAGUCUCAAAGUCACAUGAGGGUUUCUACUACUGUAAACACCCAGAGAGAGGAGAGUCUCCAAAGAGCUGGAUCUCAGUCAGAGGUGAGAGUUUAUAGAAAUGAUCUCAAGUGAUUUUGUUUCUCAACAUUCUUACUUUUCUGUUGGCAGUUUGUCCAUAUCUGUUAGCGACAGUCGUGCUGGUUGUCAAAUGCUACAGAUUGAGAGGUGAAACAUCCGUCUGAUUUAUUGGGUCAUUAUAUUUGAUACUGAAUUCAUCAAAUUAGCCACUUUGACAGGUUGGACUUUAUAUACAGUAUAUAUUUGUUGUGUUUGAUGUCGUGUGAAAUCAAAUCACCACAAAAGUGACUGGAGAGCAGACUGGUAUAUUCGACUUUAUGUGGCACCACAAGAACAGACAGACAAAUAACUUUAAAGUACCGCGAGAGCGAUUCGAGAAAUCAUAUGGAGGAGUUUCCUUUUGCAUUGCUCUCUCUGUACUUUGACAUCACUAAGCGGUCUAAAUAACUCCAAAUGAAGUCAAACCUGCACACGGUGUGUUGCUCACACGAUACUGUAAACAAAAAGUUCCUUUGGAGAAGUCAAUGAGUGGUUUCUGAUAUAAUCCAGCAGCUUUUAGUUCCUCUUUCAGCAGUUUGCUUGUGCUUUAAAGAGUUAAACUUUUCUUCUGAAAUGUGUUCAUUUUUAUAUAUAUGUUUAAGUUUUAAUGUAUUUCAUCUCAAAGGUAAUUCAUGGUCAUUUUAAGUAUGCAUUCAUUUAAAACAUUUACACCAUUAGCUUACUGUCUGAUAAUUUUAGUUAUCAAUAGUUAUAAUUAGCUAUUGAAAGAGUGAUUUUUUUUUCUUUCAUGCAUGUGUUAGCCAUGGACUGAAGAUGUUAACAGUUUAUUAAAUAAUUUAACUAUACUGUAAUAAAUAAUUAUAAUAAACUGAC